UCGUCUUCCUCCUGACGUCCAGGCACAGAAACAGCAGGCGCAUGCCAUUGCCGUCGCAAUCUCUGCCCCCGACCUUGCCUCCUUGCCCUGUGCCCCGUCCAGGUUCACUGAACCGACCCCCUCAGCUCUCCUCUCCCUAAUCCCCUCCCCAAUUUCUCCAAUCACUCCCUCAAUCGCGGCCUUCCCUGCCUCCACGCCAUUAAUGGCCGGGGCCCCUAAUUCCGGCCAGAGAACCGCCUCUCCCCAGCCUACAAAAGGAGACCCCGAGCCCUCUCUGCUCCCCAUGCCUCUUCCUCCCUCCUAGCCGAAGCUCUGCCCCCAUCCCGCGCCGAGCGCCGCCACUCCAUCUCCAACUCCGGCGAGGAAUUGCCGGAUUUCCGCCACGAAAUCAACGAAGCCACCACCACCAGUAGCUUCCACCUGUCUCCAUGAACAGCCCAGAGCAUCGCCGCGAAGCCGGAGACGCCAAGAAACCUGCUGCCUCCCACGACUGUCGUCGCCGCCGCUUCACCCGCUUUUCGCCGUCGUUCGGAGCCAUCUCGAGGAUCGCCGUUACCUCUGAUGAUUUCUCUACAUAAUCCUGUACGUCUCCCACGACCACGACUACCCCGCCAGCAACUCCUGCGCUGUUUUUCUUCUUGUCCGGCGAGGUUCUUCUAAUUUUUUCGAUGGAAAGCCCACCACCACCCUUUGGCAACGUGCCGCUGUUCACCCGCGUCUACUACCCCUCCACCGACGAUGAGCAGUUGUUCAGUACCCCUUUGGCGGCACUGUGUGCGUUCCUCGACCUGCCACCUCCCAGGUUCAGAGGCCGCGUCGAGCCCGCCGUGCCAGAAGGAUGGCAGCCACGGUGGGAGAUUGAAGCAAAGGUCCGCGGGCAUCAGAUCGCCCUAGUGACGCCGGAUAUCACCUUCAUCGCCCGCUACCCCACCUAUGAGAGGGGCCUCCAGUUUUCCAUAAAGUGCGCCUUUGCGCAGUUGUGCUGGGACUAUCGGAAUGAGUUUCCCGAGGACUCCCCCUUCCUCUUUGGAAGGCGGAACAAUGCAUGCUCGGCCGUGGCAAUAACCGACAACGAGGAUGCGACCGAGGUGAAGACCCACUUCGAGAACAUGGAGGCAAACACAGUGGACUUAGAGUCUUGCCUCGAACACGAGAUGACUAGGGCCAACAUAGCCGAGGAGCAGGUCGGCCAACUACUGGGAGAGAAUGCCCAACUGCAGGAGGACAAGACAGUGCUACAGAAUACUGUCCUCAACAUGGGUGACGCAAUAGAGCAGCUGCAGUAUGAGAGGGAUUAGGCCCGCUACUACUGCGAGCAGUUCCAGGCGUUCCUGACCGCCGCCGCCGCACCCGCUCCCACGCCAGCCCCUACAUCGGUGCCUGUUCAGACCCCACCUCCGCCACAGGAUCAGGAGAUGGAGCCUCAGGAGGGGGUACCGACUGAGGAGGAGGAGCCCCUGGAGGUUCAUGAGAUGGACACCCUUGCCUCCAACACCCACUCCAAGAAGAAGGCGAACGGGGCCGCACCAUCAGCAACACCUCCCUAGCCCUAGUUGGUGCCUACCAGACAUUACAGUUUAUUUUGUUAUCCAUUCAGCGAGUUAGUCAUUGACCAUACAAACUAUGUGUAUGGCAAUGUAGAUUGAUUGCUUUAUUCCCGUAUUCUUUCAUUUACGGGCAGAGUCCCAUCGUGAACAAGUUGUGAUUUGAUUUUUCAAAACCUUUUUAUGAAUGUUUGGUUGAGUGAUUGAGAUAUGUCUGAAUUAAUGUUUCUUGUGGGGGCUUAGAUAUCCUUAGCUCUAUUCUAUCUAUUGUUCCUCAUCUAUGCUACCCUAAACAGAUGCCUCCAAGACGCCAGAACCCAACAAACAACACUGAGGCCAACAAUGCCGAAGAAGACGGGAAUGCUGCCCCCAUGCAGCAGUUUUUGGCGGCACAAACCCAAUUCUUCCAGCUGAUCACUCAGCAAUUGGCCAACAACCACAACAACCAGCAGAACCCCGACAACAACCAGCAACACCACCCACCUCAAGUGGACAUGUUGACCAGAAUCCUGCGGUUACGCCCACCUACCUUCUCCGGCUCACCAGAGCCCAUAGUAGCGGACGAUUGCUCCGCUCCAUCAAUAAGAACCUAGUGACAAUCAACUGCACCGAGGAGGAGAAAGUGAGGUUUGCAGCCUAUCUGCUUGAAGGACCAGCUGCAUCAUGGUGGGAGAACUUUCAGAUCACCACCCCCAUCAAGAAUGUCACCUGGGACAUGUUCCAGGAAGCCUUCCGCACCGCCCAUAUCUCUGCGGGGGUGCUUAACCUGAAGAGGAAGGAGUUUCUGAGGCUCAGGCAAGGAAGCCGCACCGUGGUCGAGUUCAUCGACCAAUUCAACAGCCUCGCUCGUUAUGCGCCCGACGACGUGAACACUGAUGCCAAGCGCCGGGAGAGGUUCUUGGAUGCUCUGAACGAUGAAUUCUCCGUUCAGCUAGCAGUUGCUUACACUCCCACCUAUCAGUCACUGAUAGACAAGGCGAUUGUGCUGGAGAACAAGCUUCACCAGAUGGAGAACCGCAAGAGGAGACUCCAACAGGGAAGCUCUCACGCGGGGCCGCACAAGAAGCAGCUCACCUCCCAAGACGGCAGUGGCAGUUCGACUAUGCACAAGGCCGGGGGCCACAAUGACAAGCGCAAUGGACGGUAUGGCCACCACAACCGCCAUACCGGGAGCAACAACAACAAGCACCAGCACCAGCAACAGUAGCAACAGCAUCAGCACCAGCAGCAACAGUGCUCGAGGAACCACAAUGGAAGUGGGAACCAGAAUGGGAAUGGAAAGGGCCACAACAAUGGCAAUGGCGGAGGCGCAGGACAGAACCGCAACCCUGGCAAGGACAUGAGCCAGGUGGAGUGCUUCAAGUGCCACAAGAUGGGGCACUACUCCAACGAUUGCCCAGAAAGAUUUGGAGGGAAUGUGGUUAAACCAAACCCAUUCCAAAAGGGCAACGUGAACCACAUCGACAUGGAAGAGAUCACCGAGGAGCAAGGUAUACUCAUCGGUACCUUUAGCAUUAAUUCUUGUGAAGCUUUAGUACUGUUUGAUACCGGUGCAUCUCAUCCAUUCAUCUCAAGAGGACUUGUGCACCAAAAUGGAUUACCUAUUAGUGUCGUCGCACGGGGCUCCGACACUGGGGGCGUGCUGGCACACCCCCUUUUAGGUUCGGCAGGGGCGUCGGGGAUCGCUCUGGCGAUCGCCGGCGUGGCC